CCAUUUAUCUGUCCAUUAUUUUCUGUCCAUAUUCUUGUAAAGAGCAGCUCUUACAUUGACAUGUGGGUGUGUAAUGCGUAUGCAACAAAUUGAAAUUUGUCAUGCAGUUAUUGACUUGAUCAAAGAAUUAAAAUUAAAAGAAAAUUUAAUCUUUACUUUAAUUACCAAAACUAUCGCUACAUUCUUUUACAAAGGAACUGUUUCUUAUUUUAUAUUUGAUAAGUCCAGAUAUUCCUUGGCUUCCUUGAAAUUACAAUCUUAAAUGAAUACAACAUUGUCAAAAAUCAUGAAAAAAAAACUUGAUUUGUUUAGUUCUCUUUGGAUACAUCUAAAUAAUAAACAAAGACUGUCAUAAGAGAAAGUUUAAAUUCAACGAAAUGAAUACAUCUGAAAAGUUACAACAAAUUCGUCCUGAUUUUAUUAUAAAAAGCAAUAUAGAAUACACCGAUGUGAUAGAUGCGGACGAAUUAAAAAAAGAUAAUAUUGAGUCAAUAAUGUUUAGUAAUAAUAUUCGAACCCUAGGAAGUGAAAAAUCUUAUGAACAACUUUUAUCGGAUGAACAACUUUAUGAUUCAAUGACUUUUUUUACAUUUACUCCUACAUGGUUGUAUUUCUGUUCGAGUGCUAGUUUCGUUCUAUUUUGGAUAGUUACAUAUAAUGUUUCGUUUGAUAAAAACUUUGAAGAUAAAGUUAUUGUUCUUUGGAUUAAAUUGGUAUGUAAUACGCUUGUUAUUAUUGAUAUAUUGGGUGCUUAUGUGCAUUUGCGUUGGAAAGAAAUUCGAUUGAGGGCUGUUUAUAAACCUAGACCAGUUUUUUUUAUGAUUUGUGAUGUUUUAUCUUUAUCUGCAAUCCCAAUGGGUCUAAUAAAACCACUAAGGAGUAUAUUUUAUUUAAGAUUGAUUGAAAUUGCUUUUCUAUUGGCGAGACAUUACAGGAUUUAUUAUUAUUUUCAAACUGUUUCUUCAAACGCUGGCAGCAAUACAAUGUGUAAUUUAGCUUUAAAACAUUCAUUAGUAUUUGCAUUUAUUUUCCAUGCAUUUUCUUGUUUCUGGUUUUAUUUAGGCUGUUAUAAAUGUAAAAAUAAAAAAACAUUAACUUGGGUUGAUAAAGAUUCGUAUCUUCAAGCUGUAGUAAACCAAUAUGAACCAAGUGCUUUUCAAUUGUACAUUUUAAGUAUGUUACAUGUAAUCGGAGGAGUAACAUGUGUAGCCUUAGGAAGUGGUUCAACGGAACAAAAUGAAGCCGAAAAAGUUACGUUAAUAAUUUUUAUGAGUAUAAGUUUAUAUUACUUAAACGGCGUGGUUAUUGGCACAUUUACAAACGUUUGUUGCAACAAUUAUGUUCGUCAAACGCAGUUUACCGAUAAGUUUAAAAUGAUCGUAAGCAAUAUGAGAUCGCACAAUAUCUCGAAGUCUUUUAUAAAUAAAAUGCUGGAUUAUUACAUUCAUUAUUGGCGACAAGAAGACGCUAUUAACCAGUCGAAACUGUUCGAUUCCUUACCGUUGGCGUUUCGGCAAAUUUGCCUUUUAGAUAAAUAUUGGUUUACUUUAAGUCAAUCGCAUUUAUUUUCGAAUUUAGAGGAUGGAUUUAAGCGCUCAGUUGCGUGUCGUAUGACGACGAAAAUGUGCGUACCAGAUGAAGUGAUCGCAGACGUUGAAAAUCCAAGAGAUUGUAUGAUGUAUAUCGCAAAAGGAUCAGUACAUUUAUUGUCGGUGGUUGACGGGGAAAGCUCUUUAAUUACGUUGGGCGUCGGGACUUGUUUGGGAGAAAUUAAUUUGAUUUAUGGCAUUAAGAAUUCGACCAAAGUUAUCGCGGCCACUUAUUGCACCAUUUUUAUUUUGGGCAAAGCGAAAAUGUGGAUGGAAAUGGUUCAUUUUAGGCAAAUGAAACAAUCGGCAAUUUUUCAUCACAAUAGUCAAAGCUUAAUAGAUUUUGCUAGACGAACGAUUCAACAAAAACGAGAGGCUUACGAAGGAGAUACGCCGUUGCAAAAGAUAAAAACAACGUUACAAAAUGAAGAUGAUGUUAGGUUAUUAGAUUACACGAAAAUUUAUACGAUGAGUUAUCAAAGAAAGCUAUCAGAUGUCUAUGUUUUAAGUAGGAGUAGUAACGUUUUCUCCGAUGGAAUAUUUUUAAAUACGAGCUGGCCGUGGAUAUUAAACAGUCAAUCUGCAUUUUGGAGUGUUUGGGAAAUGAUAAUAAUCAUAAUAAUAGCGACUGAAUGUGUUGGUUAUCCCUUGGAGAUCGCUUAUUAUCGUCGUUUUUCAAGCGGAUACGGAUCAAUUUAUCGCAUUUUCGGGGAUACUAUUUAUUUGGUCGAUUUCGUUUUGAAAAUGUUUACUUCUGUCGAAACUGAAGAAGGAAUUUACACAACUGUAAUUGAAAUAAUUUUGCAACGAUUAGCAACGUUUUCGUUUCUAUUAGAUUUAUUGGCAAUUUUUCCGAUAAGUUCGUUGGUCGCCGCUUGUGGAAUAACACAAAAUGAACGAAUGUUGACGUUAAUAUCUGUUCAUAAAUUGGUUAAAGUGUAUAGAUUGGUUGUUUUCAUGAUAAAAUUAGAGUACAAUUUUCGAUUGAACGUCAGUUACGUUCGAUUAGUUAAAUAUGUUCUUUAUCUUCUUUAUUUUGCCUAUAUGUUUGGUUGUAUGUACUAUGUAGUGUUAUGUUUUGAAGAACCUUGUUAUCCAACAAUGGCCCUUGGAAAUAAAACGGAAGAUCAAUUUACAUCAGCUGUAAUGACUGCCAUGUUAAUAAUGUCAGGAACUGGCGGUGUAGUUGACUUCUUUAGUUUUGAAGAAAUCGUCGUGAUUCUAAUGAUAUCCGUUAUGGGAACAUUAACCGUAGUCUACUUAAUCAGUGACUAUUCGUCCACAUUAACAUUGGCAAGCAGUGAAGCAACGAUUUUCAUUGAAAUGAUUAAUUUAAUUCGCGGAUUUAUGGAUUCAAACAAAAUGUCGAAAAACAUCGUGUACAGAAUCAAUCAAUAUUUUGUUGCUAAAUGGUUAGAAUGUAAAGGGGUCGAUUUUAACGCGCUCUACGACGACGCGCCAAGCCAAUUAUACGAAGACUUCCAAUCAAGAAAGUAUUCAAAAUUAUUAAGCAGCGCACCAGUAUUUAGACAUUUAAAUUAUCACAUAAUAAAACGUUUAGCAAUGUCCUGCCAAAUAAUUUCGUUACCACCUAAAGAAUACGUAACAUACGCAGGGGAAGUUCAAAAAGAUAUGUACAUCAUUGAAAAAGGUUUUUGCGAAAUGAUUUCGGGAUCCUCGCAAAAAGUCGAUAAAAUUUUAGGGCCGUUGGGUAAUUUUUGCGAUAUUGAAACGUUACUGGCCGUUCCGGCUAUUUUCAAUGUCAAAACGAUAACUCACGUAUCAUUGGUAAAAAUUCGAUGUACCGCUAUCAAAGAAGCCUUUUUAAUGAACACCGAAAUCGAUAAGCAAUUAACGGAUGUUAUUGAUGACACGAAAAACUCAUUUGCUGCAAAAAGAUUAUUUACACAAACUACAACCAAUAUAGAAGAAGAAGAUAUCGAAGAGCACGAAAAGUCUUGGUUCAUUUUCCCGAAAAGUAUCGUUCAUCCAAUUCAUAUAGAUUUUUUACUUGGAUGGCAAAAUAUGAACGUUUUAAGAUACAUUUUAUUACGACGAACAAUCAUGCCUUACGGACAAUUUAUUUGCUUUUGGGAGUUAAGUAGGGGAAUUUUCGCAUUUAUUUCCGCAAUAUUACAUCCUACUUUACACGUUUAUCAAUGUUAUACCAACAAUAUUAAAUGGGUUGCUUUAGCGUUAGAUAUUUUGGCCGCUAUUGAUAUCUACGUUCGGAUGCACAUGUGUUAUUAUGACAAACACGGAAUUUUAGUUACUCAUCCAAGAUUGACAGCCAUAAAUUAUUUCACAAGCAGCUUCUUAUUGGAUUUCUUAGCAAUGUUCCCCACAGAUUAUUUAAUUUUUUUCGUUGAAGGGAAAGAUAUCGUUCAAUUUAAUACUGUACAAGCUUUUGUCAGAUUGAAUCGAGUUUUGCAAAUUUAUCGGCUUCCGGAUAGUUUUCGUAUUUUUUCUAAAGAUAUAUUUGAUCAAGGGGGAAUUAUGGUGAUAGCUAUAAAGUAUCUCUUAUUAACAUUGGUGAUUUUAAACACAUUAGCAAUUAUUAUCGUUAAUAAUUCGAUUGAAAUCCGAGAUCAAACUGACGGAUUGAAAAAAAUUACUCCCAUUCCAGAUACAUGGAUUUCCUCUUCUGAGACAUCAUUUUCGUUCGAUAAUUCUUUACCAAUCAACACUUAUAUGAUUGCUUUUUAUUGGGUGACUACAACAGCUCAACAAUUAUCAUUUGGAAACGUAAUACCUCACAAUGACAAAGAAGUAAUCUUUGUUAUUUUUAUUAUAGUCAUUGGGUACAUGUGGUUUACAUUUGUAAUUGUAAUCAUCUCCAAUAACAAAGCGACAAUAAACGAACAUUUGACGCUUUAUCAAAACCACAUGAAACGAUUAAUUACUUAUAUGAGACAAGAAAAAAUUUCGAAAAAUCUUCAGACUUUAGCAAUUGAUCAUUUUGAACAUAUUUGGAAACGUACUCAAGGAAUGAACGCAAAUACCAUUUUACAAUCGUGCCAUUUAGCGUUGAGAAAAGAUUGCGCUUUGUUUUUAUAUGGAGAAACAUUUAGUAUGGUUCCUGUUUUUACGGAUAUGAAGUCGUCGUUCUUUCGAAUUUUAGGCACAAACAUAGAUGUUUUUUAUUUUUUAAAGAAUCACACCAUUAUUAGUUUAAAUGACAUGGUUAAAUCUGUUUAUAUUGUUCAUAAAGGAUAUGUUGUUGUUAUUGGACCGGAUGGGAGACAAAUGGAAACACUUUCACGAGGAUGUGUUUUUGGCAAUAUCGAUGAUAUAGAAACAAGUAGAAGCAUGGUAAUGAUAAUUGCAGGUUCAAAUACCGAUCUAUUAACCAUCUCUACUUUAAAAUUUUAUGAACUGCUUGAUGAUUAUCCAGUUGUAAAAAAUAGAAUCAACAAAUCCAUGUUGUUUAAUAAUUUGUCCUAUAUCUUAGUACAACGAAAAGAAUUAUUUACCAAUCACAAAUCAUUAACCAUAAAAAAAAUAAAUUUACCAUCAAACAGAUUUUUGAAAGGAUUCUUAACUGGACGAUGGAUCCAAAAAUUAUUCAUCAUAACCUCUUUGUGUUCCUACAUAAUCGCAUCGUAUCAGUUAGCAUUUAGGGACUAUCACUUCAUGAUAUUCGUCGCUGCUUAUUUUUUGGAUUUGUUACACAUUUUAAAGAUGUACAUAGAAUUCAACGCGCCAUAUCAGGACGAAGUUGGAAAUUUAAUAAUGGAUAAGCGAUUAAUAAGAAGUAGAUACUUAACAUUUUCUCGGUUUUAUCUUGAAUUAGCUGCCAUUGUUCCCAUUGAAUUAUUCUGCUUUAUUUGGUCGUUUGAUCGAAUGAAUAUUAUGUGUAUUUUACGUUUAAAUAGAUCUUUGAGAUUGUGGAACAUUUUUCAUUAUUUUAAUGUAACCUGCAAUUUUUUAAACAUAAACGUGGUUAGUAUUGAAAUAUUCUCAAUUGCAAUAAAUAUGAUAUUAUUAACACAUACAGAAGCUUGCCUUUUGAUCAUUUUGGGUACUGGAACUAAAAAUAUAAAAUCUGGAUGGACUUAUAAUGAUGAGGGAGUUGCGGUUUGCGAUAAAUACUAUUUAUGUGCCUUAUAUUUAGCUGUUUCAUUUACAUCAUUUGCGGGUUAUAGUAAUAUGAGGCCUAGAAACUUUCAAGAAACAUUUUUAGCAAUUUUUUUGACCCUUAUAAAUAAAUUAAUAACAGCUAUGGUGAUAGGAAAUAUGUCCGCAAUUGCUCAAAGUUAUAUAUCAACAUUAACGAAAUAUGACUUACGUAGAAGAAAAAUGGAAUUGUACCUAAAACAUAGCAUAAUUUCACCUCCCCUAUUCAAAGCUAUAAUGAAAUACACUCAUCAAUUAUGGACAGAAAACCAAGGAUCUCAAAUACCUAUGUUUGUGAAGUUGGCACCGAGUCACUUAAAAAGUCACAUAAAAUAUGCUGCUUAUGGAUACCACAUAAAAGAGAAUUUAAUCUUUAUGCAAUGCCACGAUUCUUUUUUGCAUAUCUUAUGCAAAAAAUUAAAAGUACAAAUGUAUUUUACUGAUGAUAUUAUCUGCCAACGAGGCGAUGUUAACGGCACCAUGUAUUUUAUACAUCGAGGAAGCGUUAAGGCUUAUUAUAUUACAGAAAUUGAAGAAAUUCACGUUGAUAGUUUAAUCGAAAAGGAUUGUUUUGGAAUGGUCCAAGGACUUUUCCCGAAUACACCUCACACUCACACUUUUAAGGCUACCACUGUCACAACGAUUUUAUCCUUGGAAUUAAAAAAUUGGGCUCAAUUAUUGCAAUUUUAUCCCGCUGCUAAAUUCUCGAUAUAUGAGAAAAUGAAUCGUUUAGAUGAAUUAUGUAAACAAUAUUAAAAAUGUAUAUUAAUUGUACUUUAAUAAUAAUUUUCAUUUUAUUUAACCUUUU